AUGGCUUCGAACUCGAUCAAGCUCUUGACUGGUAACAGUCACCCUGAGCUUGCAAACCUUGUGGCAGCUCGGCUUGGCAUUGAAUUGACCAAGAUCAUGGUCCUCCAAUAUUCGAACCAGGAAACCAGUGUCACAAUCGGAGAGAGUGUACGAGAUGAGGAUGUUUUCAUCUUGCAGUCGACGCGGCCCAAUGAUAUCAACGAUGGACUGAUGGAGCUGCUCAUCAUGAUCAAUGCUUGCAAGACCGCCUCCGCAAGACGUAUCACGGCCGUCAUUCCCAACUUCCCUUAUGCGCGCCAAGAUAAGAAGGAUAAGAGCCGUGCUCCUAUCACCGCCAAGCUUAUGGCAAACAUGCUCCAGACUGCUGGUUGCAACCACGUCAUCACCAUGGACCUCCAUGCCAGCCAGAUCCAGGGCUUCUUCAACGUUCCCGUCGAUAACCUGUAUGCCGAGCCUAGCAUUCUGAAGUGGAUCCGCGAACACCUUGAUGUGAGCAACUGUAUCAUUGUCAGUCCUGAUGCUGGUGGUGCUAAGCGUGCCACUGCCAUCGCCGAUCGUCUCGACCUCCAGUUCGCUCUCAUCCACAAGGAGCGCCCCCGCCCUAACGAGGUCUCGCGCAUGGUUCUCGUUGGUAGCGUCAAGGACAAGAUCGCUAUUAUCGUUGACGACAUGGCUGAUACCUGCGGUACUCUUGUCAAGGCCGCCGAUACUGUGAUGCAGCACGGAGCCAAGGAAGUCAACGCUAUCGUCGUCCACGGUAUCCUUUCCGGCAAGGCUACUCAGAACAUCAACAACAGCUGCCUGAGCCGUGUUGUUGUGACCAACACUGUUCCUCACGAAGACAAGAAGGAGCAGUGCGACAAGAUCGAGACGAUCGACAUCAGCCCCACUCUUGCAGAGGCCUGCAGACGUACGCACAACGGCGAGUCUGUGAGCUUCCUGUUCUCGCACGCUGUCGCCUAA